UACCUUUAUAUUCCAUCAACUAAAUAAAUAUUUAUAUUAAUGUAUUUUUAUCAUUUAUUAAGGUAAAACCAUUAUUGUUUAAAAACAUUUAUAAAAGAUCACGAUUUAUAAUAUUUAUGUAACACUUGUAACAACAAGUAAUACAUAGGUAAUAUUUAUAUUAGAAAUUAAAAAGUGAUGAAAUUACAUUUUUCUUGUUAUCUUGCCUCGUUGUCUAGUGAUAAGUGAUAACAAGUUCCAUACCAAUUGUGUUAGUAUUUUAAUAUGUGCUACGAAUUACAAAGAAAUUCAUUAAAGUUUUUGGAUCUUUUAAUUUCUAAAAAUUUGAGCACUCGUUUGUUUUUUAUAAUUGUAUACUAUAUUUUUUUGUUAUUAUUAAUUAAAUACUCACAUUAUUACAUUUAUUAUUAUUAUUUAUUUAUUUAACGAAAAAACGUUUGGUAGAUCCAAUGUUUAAUAUAGAUAACAGAUACAAUAAAGAUACAUACAAUUUCUUUUUAAUUUUACCAUUGUAAUUUGUAAUGUAAUUGAACUCUAAAAAAAAACUAAUUUAUCGUUUUUAUUUUGACAUAACAUAAUUUCACAUAUAGUAAGUUUACUAAGUGCAUUCAACUAUUUUUUAAUAAACAAUAGUUAUAUUUUUGUUAUCAAAUAGUUACUUCAUAUUAUUAUUAUUUCAUAAAAAUGUUUUGCUAAUAUAGAAUAUAUAGAAAAUUUCUUCAUAAUAUUUUAUUUACAGAUAAAUUUUACAAUGUUUCGCAAUGGUAAAUUUUCUGAAUCAGCACCAGCAAAACAGUCACGUAGUGAACGUUUUCAAGAAAUGUCCAAGCAGCAACAAUUGAUAGAGCAAAAAAAGCGUGAGAUUCAAGCUAGAUUUGAAGAAAAAAAAAAGAAAACUGCUGAACAAACUGAAGAAAAAAAAUUCCCAAAACCAUUGGCUAUAACUAAAAAUGCAAUUAAAUUAGAUAAAAUAAAAUCGUUUUAUCAAAAAUCUAAGAUUAUAAAAAAGUAAAUUAUAUUUUUCAUAUAAUUAUAUUGAUUACAUAUUUAUUUUAAUAUUAAAAUAAUUGUAUAUGAUUUAACAGGAAUGAAGUUUUUGUAAAAAAUAUUAAUGAAGAACUCCCAUAUGAGUCAACUGGGGCACAUAAGAAUAAACUGAAUUUAGCAGAUGUUUUUGAAAAAGAUGAAGAGCCUGGUAAAAUUUGUACUUUAUUUAUUAUUAUAAAUAAAAUUAAAUAUAAAUUAAUUAAUAAUUAAUAAUUUACUAUUAGGUUUAAUUUAAUAUUAAAGUUAUCUUUAAAUAAUAAGUAUAUUAGAUCAUUAGAUCAUCCACUAGAUUCAUUUAAAUAACUAAAAUAGUUUCUAUGGCCAUUAAAUAAAACUUCCAUGCAUAACAUUCAAGAGGAGUGUGCAGAUAUCCAAAAAACUUCCCUCAUUUUACCACUAAUAUUAUGAACAUUUUACAUCACUAAAUUAAAAUAUCCAAAUAUCUUGGUCUAAAUUUCAAGAUUAGUAUCCUUUCUAUAUGGAAAAAUAAUGUCGUUUUUGAUUUUUCGUGUAAUUUUCAGAAUAAUUAGGAAAAUACUUGAAAUUGUGUGAUUUAAAGGGUUCAUUAUUUUCGAUUUUAUUUACUCUUGUAAUUGAUGUAUUGAAACAAUUUUCCGGCUGUUACUCCUUAAAAUUAAGAAUACAAUUUUCUUUCCAAAUAAAUAAUGGGCAUCUUAAGCUUCUCUUUUUGGCAUUACCUUUUGUUGAUUUCUGAUAGUCUUGGUUACAUAGACAAAAAAAAUUAUCUCAAUGAGAUCCAGUUUUUAUAACUAUUUGGUUUAGUUGUAAAGGUCACCAUGGUAAGUCACCAUUUUAGUGUAUUGGUUUUUUUUUUUUGGAUUUCCUAAAGAAACGAGCAGUGCUAGGUGAUUAUUGUGUAAACAAUAAUAUUUAAAAAACAGUUUACAAUCUGUUAUUAAAUUGAACAUAAUUCACCAUAUUAUGUGAUUUAAUUUUUAAAUUAUAUUUAUUGCCAAGUUAACAGAUAAAUUUAAAUAUAAUAAUUAAACUGUAUAAAAAAUGUUUACAAUUUCAAUUAAGAUACACAUCAUUUAACUUGUUUAAUUUACCUAUCCUAAUUGUUUUGGUUUUUAGUUACAUAUAUUUUAUGGUAUGCUAUAAGAUUAUCACUGUUUUAUUUAUAUAAUUAUUAAUUUAUUAUAAUUUAUGUUGUCCUAGAUACCAAAAAUAUUGAACCAGAAGUUGAACAUGGACCAAAACUAGGUAUUUUAAAGAAAAUAAAAUACACCCUUAAUAUGAUAGAGCUAGAGCGGCUCAGUGAUCACAUAAUUGGCUAUAGAGCUUAUGGCACUGUUGGUUCGACUUCAAGUGCAAAAAACUGUUUUGGUUUUUCUAUAGUUAUUCCUUACUAACUGAUUUUAAUAUAGAUUACUAGUUCACACACCUAUAUUCAUGUCUCAUUUAGGAGUAAGAAAUAGAUUACCAAUUACAAUUACAAAGAACUUAGUCUUUUUAACUCAUUUAAGUCAAUUUUUUUUUUUAAAUAUUUAACUCAAAUAAUUUAAAGAAUCAAAAAGAUAUAUAUAAAUGUUUUUAUGAACCAUAUCUUCUAGAGCAGUGGUUUUCAACCUGUGCGUCAAGACACCCAGGGGUAUGGUUUAGUAUCAAGGGAGCUGCGUCUAUAGUAAAUAUAGAAGAGUAUUACAGUUUAUUUAUUUUUAUUUUUAUUAUUAUAAUUAUUCGUAAGAUAGCCGCUAAUUUGGUUUUCAAAAUCAGAAGAGCCGUGGACUUAAAAAGGUUGAAAACCAUUGCUCUAGAGUUUGUAUAAUUUGUAAAUUUAUAUAGUUUAUUAUGUUAAUAAAAUUAAAAACGGAUUUUAGAAUCAAAUUAUUGUCCAGAAGUAUAUAAAGAACCAAAACCUUUUAUACAAGAUCAUCAUUUUAUUGGUUAUAAUAUUAAUCAAUCUUACCAACCACCAAACUAUUAUAAUUCUCCAUCAGUUCAAGUAACUUCAAUUCAACCACAACCUCAGACAACUGUGGUUCAAGUUCCUACUGUAUCAAUAGUUACUACACAUCCAAUCAUACAAAUUUCACAACCAACUUCAAUGUAUCAGACACAAAAUCCUGUAUUCUUGUCGCAAAAUAAUUCAAAAGUAAUUUAAUUCACGAAUAUACCUACUUAAAUAUUACAAAAUGUAUUUAAAAUUCAAUUACAGAUAACUAUCCCUCAUAAUCCAUAUCAACAAUAUCCAUUACAAACUCCUCCAUUGACUGCUACAAUAGUGACGGAUACUACAACAACAGCAACUGUUCCUCGUAGUGCUGAUGAACAACCAUCACUCAUAGUUACUGAGACAUCUACUGUAUCCUUAGGACCAUCUCCAGAUGCGGCACAUUUAUUGAAUGCACCACCUCAGACAAUUGAAACUUAUACUCCGGUUGCGAGAGGUACUGUUAAGAAAACUUGUAGAUUAAUAUGUUAACACAAAUACAUGUAUUCACUUAUAAUUUAUUAUGUAUAUUGGGUUAUUUGUGGGAAUUCGGGAGAGGGGGUUUGCGUUUUAAUCCGCAUAUUGAGCUGAUUCGGAGUUGUCUAGCUUUGAAUACAGUGAUGAGGUGUGAACCACAGGCAGUACUCAACAAUCAAGAUGUUGAAAGUUUAGCUGCUACAGUUGCUGAGUAUGGUGAUGAAAUUGAAAAUAUUAUACUACAAGAGCGACCUCAAGAUGUUAAUUUAUUGUAUGUAUCAUUUUGUACCUAUAUAUUUUUAUCGUAUUAAGAAAUUGACAAAUGUUUUUUUUAAUGUUUUAGGUUUUUGAGAGACAAAAAUUCUCCUGCUUAUACAAUCUUUCGACAAAGAGUAGGAUAUUUAAGAGCGAAAAUUAUUGCUAAUAAAUUAACACCAACAGAUUUAAAACCACAAACAUUAAAUCAAGUACAUACAAUAGAGCUUGAAAAUGAAGAUGCAAGUAAUAAAAAACGUAAGCGUAAAAGUCGUUGGGCAAAUGAUAACAUUAAAGUUCCAGUAACAUCGCCAAUUGUUGCCAUUGGACAAACUAUUCCCCAACCAAUUAAUGCUCAUAAACUCGGUAACUUUUUUAAAACAGAAAUUAUAUCCUACAUACCCCUUACACUAAUUUGUUUAAUUAGUUGGUGUUCCUGGUAUGUCUGGGCCUAUGAUUAGCCAAGUUGGACGAAAUGAUCCUGCUUUAAUGCAAUAUGCCAUGCAAUCCUUUGGAACAAUCAAUUUAUCUGAAGAAGAUUGGAAAAAAGCAGAAGAUCAUUAUAAAGUAAUUUUUUUUUUUAGCUUUUAAAGCCCAUUUAGGGGCUACCCUGCUUCCACAAUUUCCCGCCACCUCACUCUUUUUUCAUUCUCUUCUAGCUCUUCCUGGUUACCACCUUUACCAGAUCUGCUAUCAAUGUGUUCACGAUUUCAUUAUAUUAUAAAAAUAUGGACAAUGUUUUCUACCAGAAAAAAUGAUUUAAUUAAAAAAUAACAAAACACCUUUUUUGUUUACUUUCUUACAAUAUUAUUGUUAAAACUUUUGAACCAUUUUUGAGCUUUUAAAGAAUUUAAAUUUUUUGCUGUAAUUUGGUUAUAAAUACAUGCAGAGACUCAAAACUUGGUAAUAAUACUCAUAUUAGACAUACUUUGAUGAGGUAAAAUGUACAAAAUCAUUGGACAACUUCUCACCUACAACAGUUGUUUAUCCAUCAUGCAAAGUAUGUCUGUAUUUUUUUUUCUAAUAUUAAAUCAAGAUAUCCAAAAAACCAAAAUAUUAUGGAUAUAUCUUAUAAAUUUUUAUUAGUUUAUAAAGUGGUUUUCAACCAGUGUGCUUUGAGCGUCAUAGAAGUGCGCCAUGUUAAAUCGAUUGAUAAUAGUUUUAUAGGUGUGUAUUUACUUGUAUUAUUAUUAUUAUUAACAAUAUACCUGAGAUAUGCUUACACUAACUAAGUAGAUUGGUAAUUCUUAAAGUAACCACUACUGAAUGACCUUUUUUGUUGAUCAAAUUGUGUUUUGUAACAUACCUAUUUGAUAUUUAAUCACAAUAACACUGAGUAUGAAUUUAAGUAUUUGCAAGCAGACAAUUUAAAAUUUAAAAUUACCCAAGUCAUCUAUCCCAAUAUCUUGUCUAGAGUUAUGUUGUUUGCGAAAGAAUGGGUCUUAUUGAAGAAAUCACAGUUGUGAAUGAAUUGAUCCGGAUCAUGAAUCAAAUAGAAAGCCAUUAAUUUCGUUCUCAUUAGGGUUGCACUGUUUAUAAACAAAUCAGUCCAUACUGUUCUUCGAAUGAAUAUUAUCUUAUAGAAAUCUGAGCAAUCAUAAUUAUAUAUAAUUUGUCUAAACCUGUGAUUACAAGUUCAACAACAAAUUUAAGGACAUUGAAUUCGUGAAUACAUGACCACGAUUAAUAUAGCUGUAUAUAUCACGGUUAAAGACAUCUUACUCAUGGUAUACUACAUGUCAACACAUACUAAAUACCUUUAAUAAACAAUAAUCAGUAAUCAAACAUUAUUGUAACUAGGUAGUAAGUACCUUUGUGUUUACUUUAUUAAUAUUUAAAUAAAUGGACACUUAUAUGACAUAAUUUAUGACUUCAUCGCAAAAUACAUUUUUCACAAAAAAAAAAAAAAAUAUAUUAAUUCUAGUAAACAAAUCAUUAUGAACAAAAAUUGUAAACUUUAUUAUGUAAUAACUGAUAUGAUCUUAUGACUCAGUAGAUAGUCAUUCAGUUUAAUUCAUUUGCGUGAACAAAAUUAAUUAUAUGAACAGGUUUUUAAAUGACCCAAUCCAAAUGAACCAAAUUAUUCAAAUGACCUGUUUUGACCAUUUGUAAACCUUUCCCUGUGAAAUUUCAUUAUUACUGACAAUUAGAAUAUAGUCCAUUCUGAUAAAAAUGCUAGGACAAAAAUAUACACAAUAUGGUGUUAUUUACAUCUUAUUAUGUAUUCUAUAUUUAAUCUCAGGGUAUGUUACAAUGUUUUCUGUUGCAGUGUUAGGAACAAGUCACUUUUUAAAAUUAUUUCAUUAGUUCAUGCAUAAAUGUUUGGUCUAUGAUUUUUUUUUUUUAAGUUGGAUUACUUUUGUUUAAGUUGGUUAUCACUCUGUAUAGUGGCUAGGUACUUCUUAAUUUAUGAGUAAAACAUAAUAAAUAUAAAAUCAAAGCCAUUAGUUAUAUCUUGAAAUUCCAAGAUCAUAUAUAAAUAUUUAAUAUAAUUAAAUAUUAAUCUAUGUUUGCAGAUUAAUUUGUUGUAUCAAGAUAUGUUAAAAAAACGUCAAAAAUUAGAAAGUUUACAAAGAGCUGGUAAGUUUAAAUAUGAAUAUGACAGCGAUGAAGAUACUGAAGGAGGUACUUGGGAACAUAAAUUAAGAAAAGAAGAAAUGAUAGCAACUGAAAGAUGGGCUGAAGAGUUAACUGAAAAGUCUAAAGAUAAACAUCAUAUUGGAGACUUUUUACCUCCAGAUGAACUUGCUAGGUUUAUGGAAAAGGUUAAUAUUUAAAUAUAUUGUUAAAAUUUUAAAUGAUUACUUAACUAGUAUAUUUUAUAUAGUACACUGCUUUAAAAGAAGACCGUGAACCUGAUUUGUCUGAUUAUAAAGAAUUUAAAUUAAAAGAAGAUAACAUUGGUUUCCAAAUGUUACAAAAACUUGGGUGGUCAGAAGGACAAGGAUUAGGAUCCAGUGGUUCUGGUAUUGUUGAACCUGUUAAUAAGUAAAUAUUUGUUUAUUAACUAUUUUAAAUUCUUUUUUAAUUAUAUUUUAUUAUUUUUACAGGGGUGGGUCACAUAAUGAAAAUCAUGGUUUAGGAGUUGAAAGACCAUCAGAGUUGAGACAAAAUGAUGAUGAAUUUGAUGCUUAUCGAAAAAGAAUGAUGUUGGCUUAUCGGUUCCGCCCAAAUCCUUUGGUAAGCUUAAUUUGUUUUAACAUACAUAAAAAAAAAACAAAUAAAAAUGUUACAUAUUAUAUAUUUUAAUAAGACAAAUAUUUAAAAUCUAUUAUUAAUUUUGUAAAUUAUCUUUUUUAUUAUUUACUAAUUUAUUUAGUACUUACACUUGCUCUGCUGUGUGCAUAAUUAUAUAAUUUUGUAAUUUAUUUACUGUAGUAUCAGUACUAUAUUUUUUUUUGAAAAAUAUGUUUUCUUUAUUUGUUCAAUAUUGGAUCAUGAUGUUAAUUAUUGUGAAGUUUCUUUAAUAUACAGAUAUUCUGGGAUUUUUUUCUAGGAGGUUAUUAUUAUUUUUCCAUUUAAUACUUUGAGAAAAAUAUUCUUCGAAUGGUACAUAUCUUUUUAAAUAAAUAAAUAGAAAUAAUAUAGGAAUACUCUAGCACUAUACUAGUAUUAUUCAUAAAAUAAAUAUGUUUCAUUGGAACUUAAAUAUUUAUUAUUCAAAAAAUAAAUUAAAAUACAUAGUUUUAUUUAUGAAAUUUAAAAGUACCUAUAGGUUGUCAUUACGACUUUUUUGAAAAGAAAUCUAACUAGCGUGGUACUUUAAGAAGGUCAUCUUUGAUUUUCCUAUUAGUUUUCCCAAUAAAUAGGAAAAACAAGAAAAUAGGUACAAUAUUAAACAAAUAUUAUUAAAUAAAAUAUAUAAUACAUAUGCAAUUAUUUUACUAUAAUAUGACAUAAUAUAAUAUAUUGUUGACAAAGCAACAGUAUCAACUGAACUUUGCUCAGAAUCAUUUUUCAUUAGCAAUGGUUAAUUGUUGCAUACAGAUAUACAUUAAAUUUCACCUCUAUCACCCCAACUUCUCACCUACAAUAGUGGCCCACAAUAGGUAUGUCCGUAUCUUUUUUCAUUUUCAUUCAAUAUGUUUUUUAUCGUUCAGUACAAACAUUAUAACGUACUCACGUGGGUCAUAUUUUUCCAAACGUGUGGUGAUGCAAUUCGACGGAAGGUCAGAAACAAACUAAUCAUUCAAAUGUAAUUAGGCUAUUUAGCUAUUAAUUGAGAACAUUGAUAUCAUACAUUUGAUAGCUUUGACAAUAUUUCCAAACAAAAUUAGCCUGGAAGAUGAAUCACCUCGCGCUAGUGCUGACGAGUUAAAUUUGUGUACAAAUCUGGCACUUCACAAAUCAUAUAUGUUUGAAUUUUACACUCGACAUUAAUGAAAUAUAUUUGAAGGCUGUGAACAUUAAAUACUGAUCAGUGGUGGCGCCAGAAUUUCUACUUCAGGUGGGCUAAGCUGAGUCAACAUUUUUCUUGAUACCUAUUUUUAAAUUCAUGGAGAUUAUUUUGGUGAAAUAAUUGAAUGGGCAUUAUAUAUUUUUUUUAAUAAUAAUUGUUUAAUAUUGUUCCAAUUUUACCUGUUUUUUCCGGUUUUUCACAUUUGAUAGAAAAAUGACCUCCUUAAAGUAUCUUCCCACUCAGAUUUUCUUUAAAAAAGUGCUAUCGUUGUAAAUUAGAGGUAAAAUUGCUGGUAGAAAAGUAGUUCAUAAGAAAAAAAAGGUUGAACAACUUUUUUUCAACUAAUACCUACAUUUCGUAAAUUUUCGUUUUUUUCAAUUUAUUGGGAAUACUCAUGAGAAAACCAAAAAAUGAUCUCUUUAAGCACCACCCCAAGAUAAUUUUUUUUCAGAAUAGUGUUUACAUCAUAAACAUCAAACUCAUCAGAAUAAGAUUUCUUGUAGAAAAAGUGUUCACAUAAAAAAAAAGAAAAAAGACGAGCAUACUUCGCAUAUGGGUGCAGCCACUGUUAUAGGUGGGAAGUUGGGAAGGUAGUAUACAGAUGAGAAUUUAUUAAUGUAUAUCUGUAAGCAACGAUAAACCAUUGCUAACGAAAAAACAAUUCUGAGCUGAUUUCAGUUGAUAUAUUGCUUUGUCAACAAUACAAUAUAAUAUUAUGUCAUACUAUAGUAAAAUGAUUAAAAACAAUGUGCGUUUCCAUAAAAAACCAUUAUGAUUGUUUAAAACAGAUUUAAUAAAUAGAUAAUAAAAACUAAUUAUAACAAAAAAUAAAUUUAAAAAAUUGCCAAUGACAAUUUUAUUUUUAAUCUUUCUAUCUUUUUUAACUUAAAAACCUAGGUUUUCCUCAUUAUCUCGAAUAUUAAUGAGAUUUUCAAAAAAUGACUUCUCUAAAGUAUCACCCAGAAAACAUUUCCUUACAGAUAAGUCGCUAUAUACUUGAUGAUCGGAGUAUGCUUUCUGGUUGAAAAAGUAAUCACAUAAAAAAAAAAAUAAACAUCAUUAUAAAACAAAUACAUUCCUCAUUCCACUUAGAAUCUAAAAAAAUUAACAUCUUUGUAACAGAAUUUCUUUAUAAUCAUACAGGGUGGGCCAGCUGAGAGCCAAGAAGAUUUAAGGGUAGAUCACAGCCUACCCUUGGCGUAUCCACUGAUACUGAUGAUGUGUUAAUCGUUUUCUACGAGUAUAUUAUUAAUAUUGCUUAUAUAUAAAUAUGUGUAGGUAACAUAUGGACUCAACUACAAUAGAACAAUAAUUAUGGAUGAUUUUUAGAAAUUAUUCCAGAAACUAUAAUAUGAUAAUUAUUGUAUAUUGUACGCUUUCUUUUCCAAUAUUUUUUUUUUUUUUUUCAUAAAAUUAGAUUUUCUAAAAGAAUCUUAAUCGAUUUACCAUGAUAAACGAAUAAUGAAUACUGAAAAUAUAUUAUGGCCAUAUAAAAAUGUUCAUAUUCUAAAAAUUAAAUGAAUCACAUCCCUCAAAAGUUACGCUCUACACUGUGCUUAUGGCGCUCAAUGUUUUUCAAUAUAUAUGCGAUUUUAUGAUUUUAUUUCAUAUUUAUUUUUGCUUACAUUAGGAUAGAAAAAAUGUGUAUAUUAUAAUUAUAUUCUACUUAUAACAAAUAUGUACUUAUAUUUUAUAAAAUGACACAUUUGUCUUUUUCUUGUUUCAGAAUAAUCCUCGAAGACCAUAUUAUUAAAAUCAAAUAAAUUGUCUGCAAUAAAACUUAAAUUAAAUUAAUAAUUUAAAUACAUUUUUGUAAUAAGGUAAUUGUCUCAUUGUAAUGUGUUUGUUAUGUAAUUAUGUCUAUAGAUCUUAUGUCAUCAAAAUGUAUGUUUAACUUAAAUUUUCAUUAUAUAUCUCUACUAUGUAGUGUCUUCUAUAUAAUAAUGCACUGUUUAAUUGUUUGAUCCUAUAUUAUUAUUAAAUAUUAAAUGUUUAUAAAACAAAUUUAGC